AUGCCCCGAUGGGGAAGACCACCAGGGCUAUGGCAGGGGAAACAGACUCGAAGGAGGGCAACCCAAUGGGAAGAUUUCGAUGGUGUACGUUUCGAGGAAAUUGAUAGUGAUAACGAUGAUGGGUACAAUGGAAUGGCGUUUAUGGAUUCUUCACCAAAUCGUGUUCGAUGGUAUGGUAAUAAUAAUGGGGGCAGAGCAAGCCCGCGCGAGCUUCGACUGAGAAACAACGGGUAUGACUAUGAAAGUGAGGUGUCAGACGGUGCGGAUUAUGAUUUGGAUGAUGAUGCGGACAGUACUGUGGCUUAUGCAGUACAAUUGGCGAUGCGAGAUAAGGAGGAAAUGUUGGUCGAGAAGGCUUUAGAGCGAAUCAGACGCGCCCAGAUGCUUGGCAAGAAGAACGUGCGGCUCUCUAAAGAAGAGCUGGAUGCAUUAGAACGCAGACGCAAGGGAACGGGUGGCAGGAAAAUUACUGUGCCAACAACAAUUGGCUCGCCUGCUCGGUCCCGUGCACCUUCGAUCAACGACAUGCGGCCAAAAAGCAAAGAUUCGUUCUCAAAGUCGUCUCCUAGGUCUGCUUCUGAUUGGCGGCAAGGUCUACAAGAACGGUACUCAAUGAAUGACAAACGACCUACAAGCGGCGUGCACGCCUCUAUGAGCAAUAGUAGCCCAAGCAGCCCUUCGUCUCGUCCGAGGACCCCGACUAUGCAAUCGUUGCGUCCACAGCCUUCAAACGGCUCACCCUUGAUGUAUCAAUCGGGUUACAACCAACGGUUCUCAUCCGAGCGUGAGCUCCCCUUCAUUCGUUCCUUGCCUGAUGAUCCUCAAUGGGUCCCUCGGCAGCGCUCCUCGUCCAAUUCAUUACCAUAUCCCUACGACCCUCCUCUUUUCAUGCCGCAGCAAUACGGAGCUGGAAACCUGGAUCCGCGGCCCGGCAGCUUUCAAGGUCGCCGAUAUGCUCCGGAGAUGUCAACGUUCAAUGCCAACUACUCGCCUACAGCGCAAAAUCAGCCUCGUCGUGAAGCGGUCAACGCUCCUGCUCGUCGCAUCCCUAUCGAGUCUUCCGAGGACGAAGCCAGCAAUAACAACGACGACAGUGAAAGUGACAAUGACGACAACGCCGAUGAAGGGGUGCAAGUAAAGGCCGUUUCACCGCCAUCAGCUCCUCCCACCAACGCAGCGCGAACUGCGACAGCUAGUGGCGGUGGUUCCCGUGGGAGUCGCGGAACUCGUCGCCGUCGUGGUCGUUGA